UGAAUAAAACAAUUCACUUGAGAUUUCUCUCAAGGCAAGAUUAAGAAAUUUUAAUUUAUUUAUAUUAAAUACACUGGUUUCAAAUUUGUCUCAGUCGGCAUCAAGCUUCUGAGAAAAAUGAAGUUAGUUGGCUGCUUUUUAGUGUUUUUGAGCGUGUUGGCUCUUGGAGCUGCAGAUGGAGACGAUGAAUUUGCUAACUACACAAUAACCAACCGCAAAUUUCCAAAAGGUUUUACUUUUGGUGUUGCCACGGCUGCUUACCAGAUUGAAGGAGUUUGGAAUUUGGAUGGAAAAGGAGAACAGGUCUGGGAUACUUUCUUCCACGAACAUCCUGACCGCGUAGAUGAUGGAACUAACGGUGAUGUCGCUACUGAUUCUUACCAUCUUUAUAAAGAAGAUGUUCGUUGUAUGGAAGAAGUUGGUGUGGACUACUAUAGAUUUUCAAUAGCUUGGUCCAGAAUCUUACCUGACGGAACCCUUGACAAUAUUAGCCAAGAGGGUGUUAAGUAUUAUGUAAAUUUAUUUAAGGAACUGCGUGCCAAGGGAAUAAAAUCUUUUGUUACCUUGUACCAUUGGGAUAUACCAACAGCUCUUGAGAAACAAGGAGGUUGGAGAAAUCCAAAAGUUGUUGACUGGUUCCAAGAUUACGCAGAGUUUUGUUUCAAAACUUUUGGAGAAUACGUCGAUAGUUGGGUAACAAUUAACGAACCUAAACAGAUCUGUCACGCCGGAUACGGAGUAGGGGGAUACGCUCCGGGAGUAGUUUCUCCAGGAAUUGGAGAGUACGUUUGUGCUAGACACGUCUUGUUGGCUCACGCUAAAACCUGGAGAUUGUAUGACCGUUCAUACAGACAACAAUUAAAAUCCAGAAUUACAAUUGUUAUUGAUUCCGAUUGGUACGAACCAGAAACCGAGAGUGAAGCUGAUGAAACUGCAGCUGAACAUAAACGUCAAUUUGUGUACGGCAUGUAUGCUAAUCCAAUUGUAUACGGAAACUGGCCACAAAUUAUGAUCGACAACGUUGCAGAUUUUAGUAAAAAACAAGGAUUUAAGGAAUCUCGUUUGCCAGCUUUCUCUGAAGAGGAAAUUGAGCUAAUUAAAGGAACAUAUGAUUAUUUAGCUGUUAACCACUAUACAUCAUUGAUGGUCAAAGCUCGAGCUGAACCAACUUUAAUUGUUAGUUGGGAUGAUGACGCUGGAGUUGAUGCGUAUCAAAAAUCUACAUGGGAAACUGCAGCAAUUGGUUGGUUUAAAAAAGUACCAUGGGGUUUUGGAAAAUUACUUAGAUGGAUAAAAAAGACUUACGGAGAUAUUGAAAUUGUUAUUAGUGAAAACGGUGUGUCUGAUAGAAGUGGAACAUUACAAGAUGAGCAUAGAAUUAAGUUUAUUCAGGCAUACAUGAGUCACAUGUUAGAUGCAAUUCAUGACGGAGUAAACGUUACGGCAUAUACUCUAUGGAGUAUCAUAGAUAACUUCGAAUGGACCCAAGGAUUUAAUGGCAAACUGGGCAUCUACUAUGUAAACCAAUCUGACCCUUCAUUGCCAAGAAUUGCUAAGGAUUCUUCGAAAUACUACGCUAAUGUGAUUAAAACUAAAUGUUUGGUAGACUCUUGUGUAGAUAAUUGAUAGUUUUUAAUAAAUAAAUUAUUAUAUUAAAGA